GGUUUAAAUACGUAAAAAAAAAACAAAAAAAAACGAUGAGAAAAUAGGAAACUAAAAAAAAAGAAUGAUGAUCUUAAGGUCAAAGCAUUGCAGUUGGGUUAUUUACAUUUUUAAAAUCUGAUCUAAAAAGAGUUAUGAUGAAAAAAGAAGUUUUGACACCGUUAGGGAAAUUUUUCAUUUGGGUAAAUCCCAAAUCCCAAUAAGGUAAUUAUUGUAAGCAAUUAGGAUUGGACAAAUCGAAAGCAAAUAUUCUGAUAUAAGAGAACCACUUUGUAUUACACGUAUCACAUGAAUUUUGUAUGUAGACUAGUUUUCAAAGUAUGCAAAUCUCAUAUUUUUCAUAGACACUUACUGUGUCAACACCAAAAGCUCUAACCUCUUUACUAUCUGGAUAAUAGUUUGCAUGACAACUUUUCUCCAACGGGAGUGGUCCAUGGAUUAUUGAUACCAACCAAAAUCCAAAAAGAUUCUUGAAAAGCUAUUUUCUACUAAUACAUGCAAAGUCAAAUGGAUGAUAAAUUUGCGUUGAAUGUAUUCUAUUCUUUUUUCUAUCAAGAUUGUAUGUAUUCUAUUCUGUUAGGUCAAAACACAUGUCACCUCAGACUAUAUGAGUAUAACAACAUUCCAGCUGGUAAUUUAAAAAAAUAUCCCAUAUUUCUUCUUUCUGUUUUGGUCGUCCAAGAAAUUAAUUAUCAUAUAUCAUAAUUUCUGAAAUUUUAUUUUCUUUACCUUUUUAUACACACGCACAAAUAUAAUAUAAAUAUUCACAUUGAACAAACAUAAACACGAACACAAACACACAAAUAAGCACGAGUUCUUCUAAAAGAGACAAAAGCGAAUAGAAGGAAAAGAAACCUUUAUCCUUUAUAAAAACAGAAAAGAUCGUCCUUAUUAGUCUAUAACCUUCUCCACUCGUAGGGUUCUUUACUUCUUUUUCUUCACAAUCUCUCUUCUUCACCACAAAAAGACUAGGGUUUUCGUGGGCUAAUAUCUAAAUGGGUAGAUGCGGAAGGAGCAGCGACGGAGGGAUUAGUGGAGCUAGACCGUACGUACGGUCUCCGGUACCUCGCCUGAAAUGGACGCCGGAGCUUCACCAGAACUUCGUUCACGCCGUUGAUAUGCUCGGUGGUCAAUACAAAGCAACUCCAAAACUUGUUCUUAAGAUAAUGGAUGUAAAGGGACUAACAAUAUCACACGUCAAGAGCCAUCUCCAGAUGUAUAGAGGAUACAAACACACUCUUCUUGGACGAUCAGAGAGUUCAUCAUCUUCAAGAAGAAGAAGACAAGACAAUGAAGAUCAUUUUUAUGACAACUUGUCUGAACACGCAAGGAAUGAUUGUCUUUUGGGUUUUCACUCUUUCAACUUUAGAGGGCGGACUUCAGCUGAUAAUGAUGACGAUGACUUUCUCAACAACAUUAGCAUGGAGAGAACGAAGACAUUUGCAGGCAUUGGCGAGUCCAACAAAUUUCAGUCUAACCACUUUCUCGAGGUACAGAGAACGAAGAACAUUUGGGUCAACGAAGAAGAAGAUUUAACACUGUCUCUAUCGUUGAAUCAUCCUCAUAAUUCUCAGAAACGUUGGAGAAGCAAUACGUCGUCGUCACUUAGUGAAACCAGCGAAGCAGUCUCGUCUGCUUUCAUUUCCAGGGAUUGUUUCGCUUCUUCAAAGAUUGAUCUUAAUCUUAAUCUCUCCUUUUCCUCCUCUUCUUCUUAGCUGAAUAUUUGUUCCUUUGUUUUCAAUAUUAGUGUAGUGAACAUUUAGGUUUUUUUUUAACGCAGUGUUUUAGCUAGGCUUCUAGAUUUGUUCUCGUUCGCGAUGUUUUUAUGGGCCUUCGUACGUUGUCACGGUCGAUUUGGAGCCUAAGCAAUUUGAGUGGUUGUAAACUUAUGAUUAGAUUUGGUUUUCACAUGAAGCACUUGGAUUA